AUGUAAGAAAUAGAAAUGCAUUUAGAUGUAUUAACUUAUUAUUAGAAUAUUUUAGUAAUCAUUUGACAAGAUCAUAAAUUUCAUAGAUUAGGUAUUCAUUAUUGAUUCUCCAAUUUCUAAGAUUAAUAAUACAAAAACAGAUAUAAAAUUACCAAAAGUUGAUUAGUUCCAUUUAAUGGAAUAAUCAGAAUAUUUAUCUAAUUUCUUUGAAUAAGUAAAAUCAUUAAUCAAAUCUAAAAUCAAAGAUCAAGUUCAAAUUUUAUCAUAACAAGAACAAAAAUAUUAAUAAAUUUUAAUAAAUUCAUAAUAAUCAUAAUUAUAUAUCUAAUUACAAAAUGAAAUGAAAUCUACAUCAUAAGUCAAUUUUAAACCAUUUAGUUAUGAAAUAAUUGAAGCUAAUUCUAUUAAAUAAUAAGAAUCUUGUUGGGCAAUAUCUAUUAAUAAAGAUUUUUCGAUCGUAGCGGCUGGUUGUAAUAAACUAAUUAAAAUUUAUGAAUUCCAACAAGGAAUGUUGAAAUUAAAUCAAGUUUUAAAUGAACAUUAAAGAGAAGUGGUCACUUUAAAUUUUGUGAAAUAAUCAAAUUAAUUGAUUUCUGGAGAUUAAGGAUAUAUUUUGAUUUGGUAAUAUAAUAAUAAUUCAUGGAUUUGCUCAUAAACUAUCGAUGGUCAUAAUGAUUGGAUUAGAUGCAUAAUUUUAAAUAAUAAUGAAGAUCUUUUUAUAUCCAGUAGUGCUGAUAAGACUAUUAAGUUUUGGGUUAAAAAGAAUGAAUGGAUUUAUUAAUAAACUAUUACAGAUCAUAGUGGUUGGGUCAAUCAAUUAAGUUUAAAUGAAUAACAAAAUCAAGUUAUAUCUUGUGGAUAUGAUGGAUUGAUAUUAGUAAUAGAAUAAUCAGAAACUAAUAAAAAUUGGAUUGUAAAACAAAAAAUACAAGUUGAUUGUAUAGGAUAUCGAUUAUGCUUUAUCAACGAUAAUCUAUUCACAUAUUAACCUGUAAAUGGGAAUUUGAUGUAUGUUUAUGAAAUGAAUAGUGUAAGUAAAUAGUUCACUAAAUCAAAAGAUAUUAGAAUAAAUCAAGGAAAUGAUAGUUGUUUAUUAUUUCCAUAAUAAUUUAUUAAAUAAAAAUAAUUAGUUGUUAAUAAGCAUGAUAAAUAUGUACAUUUAAUAAGAUUUACAGAAAAUGCUGAAUUAAAAGUUGAGUAAUCUAUUCGAUUUGGAACAAAUGAUAUAUUUGGAUAAUUGAGUGAUGAUGGAGAAUAUUUAAUUACUUGGGAUUAAACAUCAUAUCAAAUAUAAAUAAGGAAAUUCAAAGAACAAUGA